UGAGUUCUCACCUCCUUUCGCUUACAGACAGAUAGUGCGGGAGAGAGAAAAAGAAGAAGAGUGAGAAGUUCAAGAUCUGAUAUCCCUUCAAUCUGAUUAAUCUGAGUUGUUCUUCAAUCUGAUCUUAAUUAUCUUCAAUGGCUCAGCCUCUUGUGAAGAAGGACGAUGAUCGAGAUGAUGAAGCGGAGUACUCUCCAUUUCUUGGAAUAGAGAAGGGUGCUGUCCUUCAAGAGGCAAGAGUCUUUAAUGAUCCUCAGCUAGAUGCAAGGAGAUGCUCUCAGGUCAUCACAAAGUUGUUGUAUCUCCUGAAUCAGGGUGAAACAUUCACUAAGACUGAAGCUACAGAAGUAUUUUUCGCUGUAACAAAGCUUUUCCAAUCUAGAGACAUUGGAUUAAGGAGGAUGGUUUAUUUGAUUAUAAAGGAGCUUUCUCCAUGUGCAGAUGAGGUGAUUAUUGUCACAAGCUCACUUAUGAAGGACAUGAAUAGCAAGACUGAUAUGUAUCGCGCAAAUGCUAUACGCGUACUUUGCCGGAUCAUUGAUGGAACACUUUUGACACAAAUUGAGCGGUACUUGAAACAAGCUAUCGUUGAUAAGAAUCCUGUGGUUGCUAGUGCAGCCCUUGUUAGUGGAAUCCAUUUGCUUCAGACAAACCCUGAGAUUGUUAAAAGGUGGAGCAAUGAGGUCCAAGAAGCAAUUCAAUCUAGAGCUGCACUUGUGCAGUUUCAUGCCCUUGCAUUGCUUCACCAGAUUAGACAAAAUGACAGACUGGCUGUCAGCAAGUUAGUUACCAGCUUGACAAGGGGGACUGUCCGUUCACCAUUAGCACAGUGCCUUUUGAUUCGUUAUACCAGCCAGGUUAUCAGAGAGUCUAGCAAUAAUCAAACUACGGACCGCCCUUUUUAUGACUAUCUUGAAGGUUGCCUUCGCCACAAAGCAGAAAUGGUUAUUUUUGAAGCAGCUAGGGCGAUUACAGAACUAAAUGGUGUGACAAGUCGAGAACUGACACCUGCAAUUACUGUCUUACAACUUUUCCUGAGUUCCUCCAAGCCAGUUCUUCGGUUUGCUGCAGUCCGCACUUUGAACAAGGUGGCUAUGACCCAUCCCAUGGCUGUUACAAAUUGCAAUAUAGACAUGGAGAGUCUGAUUUCUGAUCAGAAUAGAAGCAUUGCUACUCUUGCAAUCACCACACUGCUCAAGACUGGAAAUGAGUCAAGUGUCGAUCGUUUAAUGAAACAAAUCACCAACUUCAUGUCUGACAUUGCUGACGAAUUUAAGAUUGUUGUAGUGGAUGCCAUCAGAUCUUUGUGCAUAAAGUUCCCUCUCAAGUUCAGAUCUCUGAUGAAUUUUUUGAGCAAUAUCUUGAGGGAAGAAGGAGGAUUUGAGUACAAAAAGGCCAUUGUGGAUUCAAUUGUUAUCUUAAUAAGGGACAUUCCUGAUGCCAAAGAAAAUGGAUUGCUUCACCUUUGUGAAUUUAUUGAAGACUGCGAGUUCACAUACCUUUCCACUCAGAUUCUCCAUUUUCUGGGUAAUGAGGGGCCAAAGACUGCAGAUCCCAGCAAAUACAUUCGUUAUAUAUAUAACCGAGUGAUACUUGAAAAUGCAACUGUUAGGGCUAGUGCUGUGAGCACGUUAGCAAAGUUUGGAGCCUUGGUUGAUUCACUGAAACCUCGCAUCUUCGUACUAUUGAGGCGUUGUCUCUUUGACAGUGAUGAUGAGGUCCGUGACAGGGCUACCUUGUAUCUGAAUAUGCUUAGUGCCAAUGACGAAGCUGUGGAAACUGAUAAAGAAGUUAAGGAAUUCCUCUUUGGGUCAUUGGACAUCCCUCUGGGGAAUCUUGAAUCAAGUUUAAAGAACUACAUUCAAGAGGUUUCAGAGGAGCCUUUUGACAUUAAUUCUGUUUCUAAGGAGGUUAGAUCCCAGACUCUAUCAGAGAAGAAAGCCCCUGGUAAAAAGCCCACUGGACUGGGUGCUCCUCCAAUUGGUCCUACGUCUACUGUCGAUGGUUAUGAGAAGCUACUUUCUUCUAUUCCAGAGUUUUCCAGCUUUGGGAAGCUAUUCAAGUCGUCUGCACCUGUGGAGCUUACAGAAGCGGAAACAGAGUACGCAGUCAAUGUUAUCAAACAUAUCUACGAUAACCACGUGGUUUUCCAAUACAACUGCACAAAUACAAUUCCUGAACAAUUACUGGAAAAUGUGAGUGUGAUUGUUGAUGCUUCAGAUGCAGAGGAGUUCUCUGAAGUAGCAUUGAAGCCUCUUAAAUCACUUCCAUAUGAUUCACCAGGGCAAACAUUUGUGGGUUUCGAGAAGCCUGCUGCUGUUCCUGCAAUUGGAAAGUUCUCAAACACCUUGAAGUUUAUCGUUAAAGAGGUGGAUCCAACAAGUGGUGAGGCAGAUGAAGAGGGGGUAGAAGAUGAGUAUCAGCUUGAGGAGUUUGAAGUGUGUUCAGCAGAUUAUAUGUUGAAGGUAGGUGUUUCUAACUUCAGGAAUGCUUGGGAAAGCUUAGGCCCAGAUUGUGAACGGGUAGAUGAGUAUGGUCUCGGUCCAAGAGAAAGCUUAACCGAAGCUGUCACUGCAGUCAUCAACCUUCUUGGCAUGCAGCCCUGCGAGGGAAGUGAGGUUGUCCCAAGUAAUUCGAGAUCACACACAUGCUUGCUUUCGGGAGUGUUUAUAGGAAACGUGAAGGUGCUUGUUCGGUUGCAGUUUGGAAUGGACGGACCCAAGGAAGUGGCAAUGAAACUGGCAGUUCGCUCCGACAAUGAAUCCGUUAGCGAUGCAAUUCACGAGGUUGUUGCAAUGGGUUAAACCUUUCUUUUCGAUUAACAAGCUGAGGUCAUUUUUGUCUUUUGGUUCAACUGCUUGAAGCCGAAGGUUUGUUUUAUGGGUGAAGCCGGAGGGGGUGGUGAGUGUUUGGUGCAUACAGAUGCAAGUGUUUCAUAUUGAAGUGAAAUUUUUUAUAAGUAAUUAUUACAAUCCGAAAUUCAGAUAAUUCUUUACUUUAUUAUAUAUUAUAAUACUACAUGUGCUGUUGUGACAUGUAAAGUUCAUAGCAGGUGGGAUUUAUUUGUCUUUUUUAUUUUGUUAUUGGAGAUGCAAUUUUCUGCUUCUUGUCAA